CUUCUUCUUCUCUCUAGCCUUUGCCCUUCUCUGCACUCCAUCCCUCUUCUUCUUCUGUCAUAGUUUUAUCUCAAAAAAAAGAAAAAAAAAACCUUUUAUUUUUUCUCUUUUUUUUUUUCUUCCUUUUCUACUUUUUUAUUUAGUUAUAUAUUUUCCUUCUCCCACUUCCUUCAAUUAAACAAUCCAAACAGCAACAGUUGUUUAUAAAAGAAAAAAAAAAGGAAAAAAAAAAAAAAAAAAACUCUCCUUCCUAUUAUAUCUCAAGUGCUCUUAAAUUCUUAAAAAAAUUUCCCCCUAUUUUAAUAUUAUUCAUAGUUUUCUGUUUUCUUCCUUUUCUUUUUUCAAACCCCUUUUAAUAUCAUUUCAGUCCUUCCCUCCAUGGCUGGUUUGGAUUUAGGCAAUCGCUAUAUUCACCAACUUCAAACCCCUAAUUUCAACCUCCCUAUACACCAUCAUCACCACCACCAUCCCGACUCUCAAUCUCAUCACGAUGACGACGAAUCCCCCCAUCAUCCCUUGGAAUUUGUCCCCACCACCGCCACCACCACCGAUAUGGUUGCCUCUCGUCGGCCACGCGGUCGUCCACCCGGUUCUAAAAACAAGCCAAAGCCACCGGUCAUCAUAACUCGGGAAAGCGCCAAUACUCUAAGGGCUCAUAUUCUCGAGGUUGGUAGUGGGUGUGACGUCUUUGAUAGCAUCGCCACUUAUGCUCGUCGUCGCCAACGCGGGAUCUGCAUCUUAAGUGGGAACGGAAUGGUAAACAAUGUCAACUUAAGGCAACCGACUGCAACGGGGUCUGUGUUAACUCUACAAGGAAGGUUUGAGAUAUUAUCCCUUUCUGGAUCUUUCUUGCCGCCGCCUGCUCCACCCGGCGCCACUAGUUUGACUAUAUACUUAGCCGGUGGACAAGGGCAAGUGGUCGGUGGAAACGUUGUCGGAGAAUUAGUGGCAGCAGGGCCAGUGACAAUCAUCGCUGCAUCGUUUACAAAUGUAGCGUAUGAGAGAUUACCACUAGAAGAUCAAGAACAAGAACAACAAGAACAGGAACAAGAUCAGAUGCAGCCACCAACGUCGCAGGGUGGUGGCAAUAGCGUCGGUGGCGGUGGAAGCAAUAACCCAUUUCCAGAUCCAUCUUCAGGGCUUCCUUUCUUCAAUUUGCCAAUAAAUAUGCAAAACCAAAUUCAACUACCGUUCUAAAACCUCAAAAUGAAAUUGGAGAGAAAAAUAAAAUCUCUCAAAUAUUGAUGGAGCAAGAAGAUGGGGUUGUUUAUUAUUGUUCUUAUUCAUGGGAGGAACUCCAAAAUUCAAGGUCAGAACUUUCAGAAGAUUUUAUGGAAUUUCAAUUAAUAAUGUCUUUCCCAUGAUGAAUUUCACUAUAUAUAUAUAUAGAAAAUGUAGGUAUAUGUUCUAUAUUUUGUGGAUUGUUGUAGUUUCUUGAUUAUCUUCUUGUUUAUUACUCUCUCAAAACCCUCAUCUUUUUUUUUUCUUUCUUUCUUUUUAAUCUUUUGUACUUUUGAAUCUGUGUAUGGUGAUGAAAAAACUCUUUGAUCUGAAUUAGCCCUAAAACAAUUUGGAUUAAGGGUUCAGAUUUUCAAUAAUAUGACAAUUUCUUCCUCUUUU